CGUCAGGACACCUUGCGCAUUCCCUCGCCGACCGUCUCACGUUGUCCUUUCUUCUCUCCGGCAGCAGUCCUGCGUCGCUUCUCCAUUCCUUUCUAUCUCGAAGCAAACGCACUGAUUCAAUUCCACCAUGAUCCUGCAACCGAGUUCCGCGCUUCUUCUCGUCGCGUCGCUUCUGGCGGCGCUCCCAGCCAACGCCGAUGGACUGUACACCAAGAAGUCUCCGGUGCUGCAAGUCAACAACAAGAACUAUGACCAGCUGAUUGCCAACUCGAACUACACAUCGAUCCUAGAAUUCUACGCCCCCUGGUGUGGUCACUGCCAGAACUUGAAACCCGCUUAUGAGAAGGCAGCGAAAAACCUGGACGGAUUGGCCAAGGUCGCCGCCAUAAACUGUGACGAGGAUGACAACAAGCCUUUGUGCGGCCGCAUGGGUGUGCAGGGCUUCCCAACGCUCAAGGUUGUGGUCCCGGGGAAGAAACCUGGCAAGCCCAGAGUGGAGGAUUACCAGGGUGCGCGAAGUGCCAAAGCCAUUGUCAAUGCGGUGGUGGAGAAGAUCCCGAACCAUGUGAAGAAGGUGACGGACAAAGACCUGGAGUCGUGGUUGUCCAAGGACAAGGAGGCUCCGAAGGCUAUCCUGUUCACUGAAAAGGGGACAACAAGCCCUUUGAUCCGCUCUGUCGCUAUUGAAUUCCUUGGAUCCGUCGAUGUGGCCCAGGUCCGCAAUAAUCAGGCUGAAGCGGUAGAGAAAUUUGGCAUUGAAAAUUUCCCUGCCGUCGUCCUUGUCCCUGGAAGCGAAAAGAACCCCAUUGUUUACGACGGCGAACUGAAGAAGGGUCCACUGGUUGAAUUUCUCAGCCAAGUCGCGACUCCUAACCCGGACCCAGCUCCCAAGGCUGGUAAAUCAUCCAAGUCUUCCAAGUCCAAGACUCAGGCCGAAAAGACCAAGCCCACCGAGGCUUCGGAGCCGGAGGCUGUUCCUGAUGAGGCUCAGGAGUCCCAGCCCGCGAAGGCCUCGCCUCAGGCACCUGCCAUCGAUGAGCUUGCCACCGUCGAUGCAUUGGAGUCUGCUUGCUUGUUGCCUAAGUCAGGUACUUGUGUUCUGGCACUUCUCCCCGAGUUCGAUGCCGAGCUUCCCGAGUCUACCAAGAAGGCUCUGACUAGCCUGUCUGAAAUCGCGCACAGGCAUGUGCAGCGGAAAAGCAAACUCUUCCCAUUCUACAGCGUCCCGGCCAGCAACGAGGGCGCUAAAUCUUUGCGUACUGGGCUUGAGUUGUCUCAGGAUGGCAAGUCGGUUGAGGUCAUUGUCAUCAACGGGCGUAGAGGCUGGUGGAGACAGUACGACCCCUCGGAGAGUGCGGACUACGAGCUGGCACGCGUAGAGGCCUGGAUUGACGCCAUCAAACUGGGUGAGGGAUCCAAGAGCAAGUUGCCCGAAGGUAUUGUUAAGAGCGAGGAUGAAAAGGCCGAGGAACACGAUGAACUGUAGGUUGUGCCCGGGACUCACAUUGCUUUUGUAUAUCAGCCAAGGCGAUUAGCCGGAGUUAUUUGUUAGUUUAUAUCAUUGCAUCAGGGUGUACCUCGCAUCAGUCAGUAUUAUAAGCGAAGUGAAGGGGAGAUUUACCUGAC